AGGGCGGUGGGACCGCCCAGUCCCGAUCCGCUGGUGGCCGCCGGGCCCGGCCCGCGCGCAGCCCCGCGACCCGGGCGCCCACGGCCGUAACUGCCGCCGCCGCCGCCGCCGCAGGACCAGACAGCUUUCCACUCAGCCAUGACCGCAUGUCCGUGACUUGGUCCACCAUGAGACUAUAAGCCAUGACUUAGUCCGCCCUUUGGGAAGCGACAGCGGCAGUGACCACAGCUGGUUCUGACUUGGGAGAGCGGCAGCCCCGAGGAGGGUUGAUGGCUGGCAUGUCUCGGCGACCACCCAGCAUGUACUGGUGUGUGGGGCCAGAAGGGUCAGCCGUGUGUCCAGGACGCGCCAUGGAGACCCAUAGCAACGGUGCCAGGGACAUGGGUGGCAAACUGUCCAUGCCAGGCGGUGCCCCGCCAGCACAGAGCCCCGGGACAGAAGGCAUUCAUGCUGCAUACAAGCGGGGAGACCCCAGCAGGGCCCGGCAUCUGCUCAUAGAAGCUUGUGAUGAGAGCAUGUCCCAGCUGGAAAAGGGCCAGCUCCUGAGCAUCUCAGCGGCCUAUGGGGAUCUGGAGACCGUCCGGUAUCUUCUCACCCAGAGGCUGGUGGAGCUGCCGACGGAGCCCACGGACGACAACCCAGCCGUGGUGGCAGCACAGUUUGGGCACACGGAUGUCGUGCAGGAAUUACUCGAGUCCUUGUCAGGUCCCUGCAGCCACCAGCGGCUGCUGAACUGGAUGCUGGCCCUGGCCUGCCAGCGGGGGCAUCUGGCGCUGGUGAAGCUCCUGGUCCUGACGCACGGGGCUGACCCGGAGAGCUACGCGGUCAGGAAGAACGAGUUCCCUGUCAUCGUGCGCCUGCCGCUGUACGCGGCCAUCAAGUCCGGGAAUGAGGACAUUGCCAUCUUCCUGCUUCGGCAUGGGGCCUUUUUCUGUUCCUACAUCUUGCUGGACAGCCCUGACCCCAGCAAGCAUCUCCUUAGGAAGUAUUUCAUUGAAGCGAGUGCCUUGCCCAGCAGUUGUCCGGGAAAAAUGGCUCUUCGAGUGAAUUGGUCCCACCUCAAGCUGCCCUGGGUGGAUCUGGACUGGCUCAUAGACAUCUCCUGCCAGAUCACGGAGCUGGACCUGUCUGCCAACUGCCUGGCAUCCCUCCCCUCGGUCAUCCCCUGGGGACUCAUCAACCUCCGGAAGCUGAACCUCUCGGACAACCACCUGGGGGAGCUGCCCGGCGUGCAGUCAUCAGAUGAAAUCAUCUGCUCCAGGCUCCUCGAAAUUGACAUUUCCAGCAACAAGUUGUCCCAUCUGCCGCCGGGAUUCCUGCACCUCUCAAAACUUCAAAAACUGACAGCUGCCAAAAAUUAUUUAGAAAAACUGUUCGAAGAAGAAAAUGCCACAAACUGGAUUGGUUUGCGGAAGCUACAGGAGCUUGAUAUCUCUGACAAUAAAUUGACAGAACUCCCCGCGAUUUUCCUUCAUUCUUUCAAGUCACUCAGCUGUCUGAAUGUAUCCAGAAACAACCUGAAGGUGUUUCCAGAUGCCUGGGCUUGCCCUUUGAAAUGUUGCAAAGCAUCCAAAAAUGCCCUGGAGUCUCUACCGGACAAAAUGGCUGUGUUUUGGAAGAACCACCUUAAGGACGUGGACUUCUCGGAAAAUGCACUCAAAGAAGUUCCCCUGGGACUUUUUCAGCUGGAUGCCCUCAUGUUCUUGAAGUUACAGGGGAACCAGCUGGUGACACUGCCACCUCAAGAGAAGUGGACCUGCAGACAGCUCAAAACCCUCGAUCUCUCCAGGAACCAAUUAGGCAGAAAUGAAGAUGGACUUAAAACAAAGCGUAUUUCCUUUUUCACCACCAGAGGCCGCCAGCGCUCAGGGACGGAGACAGCGUGUAUGCUUGAAUUUCCAGCCUUCCUGAGUGAGUCUUUAGAAGUCCUUUGUCUGAAUGACAAUCACCUGGACGCGGUCCCUCCCUCAGUUUGCCUGCUCAAGAGCUUGUCAGAACUCUACUUGGGGAACAAUCCUGGCCUCCGAGAGCUCCCUCCUGAGCUGGGGCGGCUGAGCAACCUCUGGCAGUUGGACAUUGAAGAGCUGAGCAUCAGCAACGUGCCAGCGGAGAUCAGAAAGGAAGGCCCCAAAGCAGUGCUGUCUUACCUGCGGGCUCAGCUGCGGAAAGCAGAGAAGUGUAAACUGAUGAAAAUGAUCAUCGUGGGUCCUCCGCGCCAGGGCAAGUCCACCCUCCUGGAGAUCUUACAGACGGGGAGGGCCCCCCAGGUGGUGCACGGCGAAGCCACCAUCAGGACCACCAAGUGGGAGCUCCAGAGGCCGGCUGGCUCGAGAGCCAAGGUUGAGUCCGUGGAAUUCAAUGUGUGGGACAUCGGCGGCCCCGCCAGCAUGGCCACCGUCAACCAGUGCUUCUUCACGGACAAGGCCCUGUACGUGGUGGUCUGGAACCUGGCGCUGGGGGAGGAGGCUGUGGCCAACCUCCAGUUCUGGCUUCUCAACAUCGAGGCCAAGGCCCCAAAUGCCGUGGUGCUGGUGGUUGGAACACACCUGGACUUAAUUGAAGCCAAAUUCCGAGUGGAGAGAAUCGCCACCCUGCGCGCCUACGUGCUGGCGCUCUGCCGCUCGCCCUCCGGGUCCAGGGCCACGGGCUUCCCAGACAUCACCUUCAAACACUUACACGAGCUUUCCUGCAAGAGCCUGGAAGGUCAGGAGGGGCUGCGGCAGCUCAUUUUCCACGUCACGUGCAACAUGAAGGAUGUGGGCAGCACCAUCGGCUGCCAGCGACUUGCGGGGAGGCUGAUCCCCAGGAGCUACCUGAGCCUCCAGGAGGCCGUGCUGGCCGAGCAGCAGCGCCGCAGCCUGAGCGACGACGUGCAGUACCUGACGGACAGGCAGCUGGAGCAGCUGGUGGAGCAGAUGCCCGGCAACGACAUCAAGGACUACGAGGACCUGCAGUCUGCCAUCAGCUUCCUCAUUGAAACCGGCACCCUGCUGCACUUCCCGGACACCAGCCACGGCCUGAGGAACCUCUACUUCCUCGACCCCAUUUGGCUGUCCGAGUGUCUGCAGAGGAUCUUCAACAUCAAGGGCUCCAGGUCGGUGGCCAAGAACGGGGUGAUCAAGGCGGAGGACCUCAGGAUGCUACUGGUCGGGACUGGCUUCACGAAGCAGACAGAAGAGCAGUAUUUUCAGUUUCUGGCCAAGUUUGAGAUCGCCCUGCCCGUUGCCAAUGACAGCUAUCUCCUGCCACAUCUCCUGCCAUCCAAACCUGGCCUGGAUACCCACGGCAUGCGACACCCCGCAGCCAACACCAUUCAGAGGGUGUUUAAGAUGAGCUUCGUUCCCGUUGGCUUCUGGCAAAGGUUCAUAGCACGGAUGCUGAUCAGCUUGGCCGAGAUGGACCUCCAGCUUUUUGAAAACAAGAAGAAUACUAAAAGCAGACACAGGAAAGUCGCCAUUUAUAGUUUUACGGGAAACCAGAGAAAUCGCUGCAGCACGUUCCGAGUGAAAAGAAAUCAAACCAUCUACUGGCAGGAAGGGCUCCUGGUCACCUUUGACGGGGGCUACCUCAGUGUGGAAUCCUCAGAUGUGAACUGGAAAAAGAAAAAAAGUGGAGGAAUAAAAAUUAUCUGCCAAUCGGAAAUGAGGGACUUCUCGGCAAUGGCUUUUAUCACAGACCACGUCAACUCUUUGAUUGAUCAGUGGUUUCCCGCUCUGACGGCCACAGAAAGCGACGGGACCCCACUCAUGGAGCAAUACGUGCCCUGCCCGGUCUGCGAGACCUCCUGGGCCCAGCACGCCGGCCCAAGCGAGAGACCGGAGCACGUGCAAUACUUCGACAUGGAAGACUGCGUGCUGACGGCCAUCGAGCGGGACUUCAUCUCCUGCCCCAGGCACCCCGACCUCCCCGUGCCUCUCCAGGAGCUGGUCCCCGAGCUGUUCAUGACCGACUUCCCGGCCAGACUCUUCCUGGAGAACAGCAAACUGGAGCACAGCGAGGAUGAGAGCGCCAUCCUGGGCCAAGGUGGGAGCGGCACUGUCAUCUACCGGGCCCGGUACCAGGGCCAGCCCGUGGCUGUGAAGCGAUUCCAGAUCAAGAAAUUCAAGAACUUCGCUAAUGCCCCGGCAGACACCAUGCUCAGGCACCUGCGGGCCACGGACGCCAUGAGGAACUUCUCGGAGUUCCGUCAGGAGGCCAGCAUGCUGCACGCCCUGCAGCACCCCUGCAUCGUGUCCCUCAUCGGCAUCAGCAUCCACCCGCUCUGCUUCGCCCUGGAGCUCGCCCCACUGGGCAGCCUCAACACUGUGCUGUCCGAGAAUGCCAAAGAUUCCUCCUUUAUGCCUCUGGGACACAUGCUCACCCAAAAAAUAGCCUACCAGAUAGCCUCCGGCCUGGCCUACCUGCACAAGAAGAACAUCAUCUUCUGCGACCUGAAGUCGGACAACAUCCUGGUCUGGUCCCUGGACGUCAAGGAUCACAUCAACAUCAAGCUGUCAGACUACGGGAUCUCCCGGCAGUCGUUUCACGAGGGCGCCCUGGGCGUGGAGGGCACUCCCGGCUACCAGGCCCCGGAGAUCAGGCCUCGUAUAGUGUAUGAUGAGAAGGUAGACAUGUUUUCCUACGGGAUGGUGCUUUACGAGUUGCUGUCAGGACAGCGGCCCGCGCUGGGCCACCACCAGCUUCAGAUUGCCAAGAAGCUGUCCAAGGGCGUCCGCCCGGUGCUGGGGCAGCCGGAGGAAGUGCAAUUCCACCGACUCCAGGCCCUCAUGAUGGAGUGCUGGGACACGAAGCCAGAGAAGCGACCGCUGGCCCUGGCGGUGGUGAGCCAGAUGAAGGACCCAACCUUCGCAACCUUCAUGUACCAGCUGCCCUGCGGGAAGCAGACGGCCUUCUUCUCAUCCCAGGGCCAGGAGUACAUGGUGAUCUUCUGGGACGGGAAAGAGGAGUCCAGGAACUACACGGUGGUGAACACGGAGAAGGGCCUUCUGGAAGUGCAACGCAUGAGCUGUGCGGGAAUGAAGCUGAGCUGCCAGCUUAAGAUUCAGAGCUCUCUGUGGACGGCCACCGAGGACCAGAAGAUCUAUAUCUACAACCUCAAGGGCAUGUGUCCCUUGAACACACCCCAACGGGCUUUGGACACCCCGGCCAUCGUCACCUGCUUCUUGGCGGUGCCUGUUAUAAAAAAGAAUUCCUACCUGGUGCUGGCGGGCCUGGCUGAUGGGCUUGUGGCCAUGUUUCCCGUGGUGCGGGGAGCCCCGGACAACAGCUGCUCCUACCUGUGCUCACACACAGCCAACAGGUCCAAGUUCAGCAUCCCAGAUGAAGACGCACGGCAGAACCCCUACCCCGUGAAGGCCAUGGAGGUGGUCAACAGUGGGUCUGAGGUCUGGUACAGCAACGGGCCUGGCCUGCUGGUCAUCGACUGUGCAGCCCUGGAGAUCAGCAGGCGGCUGGAGCCCUACUCGGCCCCUUCGGUGGUCACUUCGGUCGUGUGCAGCUCCGAGUGCCGGGGGGAGGAGGUCGUCUGGUGCCUGGACGACAGGGCCAACUGCUUGGUGAUGUACCACUCAGCCACCUACCAGCUGUGUGCCCGGUACUUCUGCGGGGACCCCAGCCCCCUGAGGGACGUGUUUCCCGUGUUCCUGACGGGCUCGGAGCCCCUGGACAGCCCUGUGAUCUGCCUGCCGGAGCCUGAGAAGAACUGUAUCGCGGACGUGAGCAUCAUGUACAGCGAGGAGCUGGGCACUCAGAUCCUGACCCACCAGGACUCGCUGACCGACUACUGCUCCAUGUCCUCCUACUCCUCGUCCCCACCCCGCCAGGCACCCCCAUCCCUCUCAAGCCUGCCCUGCUCCCCGGCAAGCUCUUCCAGCGUGCCUUUCUCCACCGACUGCGAGGACUCAGGCAGGCUGAUUGAGCCCACCGCAGGCUCUGACAGGUCUGAGCAUGACCUAAGCCCUGUGGACGGCGAGGCGUUCAGCCAGCACCUGCAGGCCGUGAAGAUCCUUGCUGUGAAAGAUGUCAUCUGGGUCCCCAGGCGCGGUGGAGAUGUUAUCGUCAUCGGCCUGGAGAAGGAUGCAGGCGCCCAGCGGGGCCGCGUCAUCGCCGUCUUAAAAGCCCGCGAACUGACUCCGCGUGGGGUGCUCGUGGAUGCGGCUGUGGUGGCAAAGGACACAGUUGUGUGCGGCUUUGAGAAUGAGAACAUGGAGUGGUGCCUGGCUGUCUGGAGGGGCUGGGGCACCCAGGAGUUUGACGUUUUCUACCAGUCCUAUGAGGAGCUGGGCCGGCUGGAGGCCUGCAUGCGGAAGAGAAGGUAAUUCCUGUGGAAUGAGCGCUUCUCAGACCCGGCCAGCCUGGGCCAGUGGCCUGAUCCCUCCAUCUGCUGCCUGCAGUCCGCAGCCCUCUGAGGACCCAGAAGGCGGACUGAGUUCUCCACUGAACCAGUUGCUGCUAAGAAGUGCUGAGAAGUUCCCACCCUGGCGGUGGUUAGUGAGUGCUCUGGUUCUAGGGCCGAGUUCCCUGAAUACUCCCAUCCCCCAGUGCUGGUUUUACAGCCCAAGGGAGGAUAGUGGGGUCCGAUGGGGAGGAACUCCUGCCUCCUCUCUCCACUUUCAGGAUGGCAUGUGGUGCGGGAGGGACCCCAUGCUGGGCUAGAUCACACGAAGGGGGGCUGGGCCUUUCCAGUGUAAUAGGCCUGACCAUCUUCAUCCCCAGGUCUGGGGUGGAAUUACACUAGAGGCUCUCAGUUGGGGAGCAGUUCGAGGCAGGGAGGGAGGAGGGCCGUGACCCCUGCCCCUUCCACCCGGUGGCCCCCAGGCUCUCAGCACAUUUCACAAGCUCCAGAAUCCCUGGGGCCUGGGGCCCUACUCUAGCAGGCUGAGAUCAGGUGUCUCCUGCUCUGGAAAGUCUCUGUGUGAAAAGCCCCAGAAAGACCCCAGCCAGGAGCACGGCCCAAUCUGGGGAAUGAAUGAGUUCCUUUAAGUGACGGGCCCAGGAAGCCAAGAGCCAGCACGGGGCCAAGAGCACCGACCAGCCUUUGUAUUCUUCUGCUGACAAAAGGCAGGAGAGGCUCCAUCAGCAGAACUUGAGAAGGAGCCUGUGUGUACAGCUUUGUGAAAUAAACUUGGACGCAGCUGGAGCACAAGCCCUGUUUAUUUGCACAUAAUCAUCUUGUUUAUCACUUUAACAAAUUAAGUCCUAUCUCAAUGGUUCGGCCUCUGGUAGGGAAAGCACAUCCUAUGGGGCUUACAUCAAAUUAUGUAUUUGCUAAACAUUUACUACACAUGGCAGAGUAAAAAAGUAACAUUGUUAACGGGGGAUGUCUGGGUACCACGGCAAGAACUUUUAUAAAUUAUGCACACCCACGUGUGAACACAGGCGAGCACACAUAUUCACAUUGUCACCGAGAGUAACUGUUUGAGGCUGCUUAAACUGAGAAUGGGAGUUGGAAUAUGAGACCAAUUCAAGUCUUUGAUCUUUUUCUAAAAUUAAAUGAUAAAAAUCAAACUUAAGAUUUUGCUGAGGUAUGUGGGCAAAUGUGGGUCCUUUUGUCUGAAAAUAAACACUCUCUCAAGAACGCA